GCGCCGCCGGAGGAGGAGUCUCGGUCACUCUGUAAGCGGCACCGGGAAACAACCGGACUAUCUGUGAUUGACAGCGAGCGGAGAAACGACCGGAGCACUCCGACACACUUAAGUGUAGCCCUUCAUGUUCGGCUUGUACAUCUACAGACACACACACACAUUAACUGACGCACCUACAUCAGCCGUGCUUGCGCGUUCACCUGGAUAAGCAGAAGGUCGGUUACGCACGGUUUGGGGAAUUUGGAGAACACCUCGGGCAUUUAGCCUACCUGUUCAGCUGUGCCAGAGCGGCUCAGCCCGGCUAGGCUGGAUUAUAGGCAGCUGACAUGGCAAGAGGCUAGAAAGGCACGUUUUCAGAUGAAAGAGAAGACGUUCAAAAGAAGACUUUUACAAAAUGGGUAAACUCACAGUUGGCUAAGACAAUAAAACCACCCGUGGAGGAUCUGUUCUCAGAUCUGUGUGAUGGGAGACGCUUGCUGGAGCUACUGGAGGGGCUGGCAGGACAUGAGCUGGUGAGGUUGGAGAGGGGAUUCACACGCGUUCACUCACUCAACAAUGUCAACCGUGCUCUGCAGAUCUUGCAGAAGAACAAUGUUGAAUUGGUGAAUAUCGGAGCGGCGGACAUUGUUGAUGGGAAUCACAAACUGAUUCUCGGGCUCAUCUGGAGCAUCAUUCUUCACUGGCAGGUAAAGGAUGUGAUGAAGGAUGUGAUGGCAGACCUACAGCAGACCAACAGUGAGAAGAUUCUGUUGAGUUGGGUUCGUCAGAACACGCGCCAGUAUCCUCAGGUCAAUGUGGUUAACUUCUCCAGUAGCUGGAAUGAUGGAUUGGCCUUCAAUGCCCUCAUCCACAGCCACAGACCUGAGCUGUUUGAUUGGACCGUAGUAGAGAAGAAACCAUCUGUGAUCGACAGACUGGAACACGCCUUUAAUAAGGCAGAACAACACCUUGGGAUAGAGAGACUGCUGGACCCUGAGGAUGUGGCGGUGCCUCACCCUGACAAAAAGAGUGUCAUGAUGUACGUGACAUCACUCUUCCAAGUUCUUCCCCAAAGCAUUUCCAUGGAAGCCAUCCAGGAGGUGGAGAUGCUGCCGCGGGCAGCUAUAACCAACGUUGCCCGGGUGACGACAGAGGAGCGCUACCAGAUCCAGACCCAGCAGCGCUUUUCCCAGCAGAUCACAGUGAGUGUGGCUCAAGGCCGAGUGCGGAGUCCCUCCCCUCAGCCUCGCUAUAAAAGCUAUGCCUACACCCAGGCUGCAUAUGUCAAGUCGCCUGAGCAAAAGAGGAGGCGUUUUACUGAUCAGUUCCUAAGUCCUGGCCAGGAGGAGCUACAGCGAGGCCUCAGUCCUUUGCCUCCAGGCUCCACCAGUCUGGAGAGCUACCAGGCUGCACUGGAGGAGGUGUUGACAUGGCUGCUGUCGGCUGAAGAUGGGCUCCAGGGACAGCCUCCAAUAUCCAACAAUGUGGAAGAGGUGAAGGAGCAGUUCCACACACAUGAGGGGUACAUGGUGGAGCUGACCACCCACCAAGGCAGCGUGGGGCGGGUACUCCGGGCCGGCGCCGCCCUCCUGGGGGAGGGGAACCUGAGUGAAGAGGAGGACUCUGAAGUCAGGGAGCAGAUGAACCUCCUGAACUCCCGCUGGGAGCACCUGAGAGUGGCUAGCAUGGAGCGACAGAGCAGACUCCACGAGGUUUUGAUGGACCUGCAGCACCAGCAGUUGCAGCAGCUCACAAAGUGGUUGGAUGUAACGGAGGCACGGAUUAGGAGGAUGGGGGCCCAACCACUGGGUCCUGACCUGGAGGACAUCAAGCACCAAGUUGAAGAGCACAAGCUCCUCCAAGAGGACCUGGAGCUGGAGCAGGUGAGGGUGAACUCUCUGACCCACAUGGUGGUAGUGGUGGAUGAGACCAGCGGAGACAGUGCCACUGCUGUUUUGGAGAGCAAACUUCAGGUGCUAGGUGACCGCUGGGCUGCCAUUUGUAGAUGGACAGAAGAACGCUGGAUUCUACUUCAGGAGAUUUUACUGAAAUGGCAGCACUUCACUAAUGAACAGUGUUUAUUUGACUCGUGGCUGACUCAGAAGGAGGAGCUGGUUCGCUCCAUAAAGACCUCCAACCUGAAGGACCAGGCAGAGAUGGUGGCCUGCCUCCACCGUCUUGCUACGGUAAAGGCAGACCUGGAGGUGAAGCGUCCCACCAUGGACAAGUUAUGCUCCAUGAGUCAGGACCUGCUGUCCACUGUCAAGAACAAAGAGGUGGCCAGCAAACUGGAGGCCAGACUGGACAGCUUCGCCCAGCGCUGGGACCGUCUGGUCCAGAGUCUGGAGAUGAGCAGCUCCCUGCUCUCAUCGGCAGUCAGCGUGGCACAGCAGUCUGAGCUGACCCACUCUGUCACAGCGACCGUUACCAAGGUGACAACGAGGGAGAAGGUAUCAGCUGUACGCCAGACCCGAGAGUCACCGCCACCACAGAAGAAGAGACAAGUUGUGGUUGAUUCUGAACUCAGAAAAAGUUACAUGCACCCCUUCCUACUGUCUUAUCUCAGCAGGUUCGACGUGGACUUCACGGAGGUCCACAGCUACAUGACCCGGGGCGAGGCCAUCCUACAGAGCCCAGAGUUCUCUGUGUCACGCAAGGACGGCAGCAUUCAGGAGCUGCAUGACAAAGUCCAGGUGAUCGAGAGAGAGCGGCCAGAGAAAUACCGAAAGCUCCAGGAAGCAACACGCACAGCGCAGACCCUGGUCGAGCAGGAAGGGAGUCGUGCUGAUGACAUCGCCCAGGCAGCGGAGCAGCUGAACCAGCGUUGGGUGGGAUUCUGUGCCCUGUUGGCAGACAGGCUGGCAUGGCUGACUUACCAGACAAAGGUGCUGGCCUUCUACAGCUUAUAUGGGCAGUGUGAGCAGGCUGUGGAAAGCAGUGAGAACUGGCUCAAAGUCCAGGCACCUCCAGCAUCUGAACCGGAAACACUCAAAGUGCAACUGGACCGAUGCCAGCACUUUACUGAGGAAGUGGCUCGCCUUGCCUCCCUGCUGCCUCAGAUGGAUGUUUUGGAGAGGCAGCUGAAGGAGCUGAAGGAGGAGAAGGAAGGAGAGGAGGACCCUUCUUACUUCCUGGAUGCCGACAUCAAUGCCCUCAAAGAGCACUACCAGCAGGUCAUGGAGGAUCUGAGGGCGAGAGAGAGAAUGUUACAACUGGUUUUAGAGAGCUUGCCCCCGGCUCGUUAUAAGGAAACCAUAUCGACACUGUUGGCAUGGUUACAACAGUGCGAGGCCAAGCUGGCCAUCCCAUCUACUGCAGUUACAGAGUAUCCUAUAAUGGAACAGAGACUGAAGGACAUUCAGGCCCUCCAGGUAGCUCUGGCUGAACACCAAGGGGAAGUAGAUUACCUGACCUCAACUGUGGAGCAGGUCUUCCAGAAAGCUCCACCAGACAUCAGCCAAAAGUAUCGCAUAGAGAUGGAUGCCGUCAUGGCACGUUGGAGACAACUCGGCACCAUGCUGACAGACAACACCCAGAGAAUCCAGGAGCUCAUGGCCAAACUGAUGCAGUUUGAGAAUGAUGUAAAGACGUUAAAAAAGUGGAUGGCAGAUGUGGAUGUGUUCCUGAACGAGGAAUGGCCAGCACUUGGAGACUCUGAAGCUCUGGAGAAACAGUUAGAGCAGUGCACGGCUCUGGUGAAUGACAUCCACACCAUCCAACCCAGCGUCAACGGCAUCAAUGAAGUGGGCCUGUACCUAAAGAAAGAAGCCGAGCCACCGUUUGCCAUCCACAUCCAGAAAGAACUGGACGAUCUCAACGGCCAGUGGGAGAACGUCUGCAAACAGGCCUAUGCUAAGAAGUCCGCUCUGAAAGGCGGCCUUGAUAAGACCAUGGCUCUGAGGAAGGAGAUGCAGGAGAUGCAGGAGUGGAUCAACCAGGCUGAGGAAGACUACCUGGAGAGAGAUUUCACAUACAAGACACCCGAAGAGCUACGCAAGGCUGUGGAGGAGCUUAAGAGGGCCCAGGAAGAGGUCCACUCCAAGGAACAAAAGGUCAAACUCCUGACUGACAGUGUCAACAGUUUCAUUGCCAAGGCCCCACCCACGGCCCAUGAUGCCUUGCGGUCUGAAUUGGAGGUGUUGACGGCCAACUACCAACAACUCUGUAGCCGGCUGGAUGGGAAAUGUAAGACUCUGGAGGAGGUUUGGGCAUGUUGGUGUGAGUUGCUCUCCUACCUGGAGCAGGAACAUGCCUUCCUGGACCAGCUGGAGCAGAAGCUGGAUGAGACUGAAAGCCUCCAAGGAGGUGCAGAGCAGCUGCAGGAGGCGCUGGAUAGUCUAGAGGUUCUUUUGCAACACCCGGAGGACAACAGAAACCAGAUUCGGGAGCUGGCCCAGACGCUGAUGGACGGAGGCGUUCUGGAUGAACUUAUACAGCAAAAACUGGACGCUUUCAACAUUCGAUGGGACGAGCUUAUGGCAAGGGCAGCGCUCAGGCAGAAGGAAUUGGAGAAGAGUGUCAAGUGGGCCCAGGAGAACGACAAGACGCUGAGACAGAUCCAGGAUUCGCUGGCCAACACCGACCGCCACCUCACGGCGUACCUGGCUGACCUUAUAGACGCCCAGCAGAUACCGCAGGAGGCUCAGAAAAUCCAAUCGGAGCUGAAAGGCCAUGAUGCGACCCUGGAGGACAUGAGGAAGAAGAACCAGGAUAAAGAGUCGUCCCAGAGGAUUAUGGGACAGAUAGAUCUUACCCAGAAAAUGCUGACAGACGUGUGGACGAAGUUCCGCCUCUUUCAGAAACCGGCAAACUUUGACAGUCGACUGGCCGAGUGUGAGCGCUUGUUGGCUGGGGUCAAAAGCCAGGUGGGGGUGCUGGACAUCCGCAGUGUGGAGCAGGAUGUGGUGCAGUCACAGCUGGAUCAGUGCAUGAAGUUGUACAAGGUGCUGAGUGAAGUGAAAGGGGAGGUGGAAACAGUGAUAAAAACAGGCAGACAGAUUGUUCAGAGGCAGCAGACAGAGCAGCCCAAAGAGCUGGACGACAGGGUGACCGCCCUCAAACUGCUCUACAACCAGCUGGGCUCACAGGUAACUGAGAGUAAACUGGAGCUGGAGAAAAGUCUGAAGUUGUCUAGGAAGCUGCGUAAGGAGCUGAACGGGCUGACUGAGUGGCUCGCCGCAACUGACGCUGAACUGACCAGGCGCUCUGCCGUGGACGGUAUGCCCAGUGACCUGGAGGCCGAGGUGGCAUGGGCACAGUCCAUCCACGGGGAGACGGAGAGGCGUCAGCCACAGCUACAGGCCGUUGUGGACCUUGCAGAGGCCCUCAAGGCGGUGCUCCGGGGUCACGGGGGCCUGGUGGACGACAAAGUCAGUCUGCUGCGCUGCAACUGGAUCGCAGUCACAUCCAGAGCAGAAGAAUGGCUCAACCUGCUGCUGGACUACCAACGACAGAUGCAGAAGUUGGAUGGAGAGAUUAAGGAAGUGAACGAAUGGAUCGACGGAGCAGAUAAAAAGAUGGACGAGAUGGACAGCCAGGGGCCCAACAACGCUGUGCUGAAGGUGUUGCGUGCAGAGCUGGAGCUGACGAGGGGUAAGAUGGAGGAGGUGAGAGAUCUGGCCCAGGAGCUCAUGUGCACCAGGGGGGAGAACUGCCAGGCCCAGGUGGGACCCAAAGUGGAGCAGCUCAACGAGAGAUUUGCCACCAUCGCAGAACGCGUCGCCUCCAUCCAGAAUGCAGCGUCAGCCAAGGAGCUGGAGCAGUACCACAGUGAAGCACAGAUCUGGCUGGAUCUCCUGGAGGAGGAAGUCAAACAGGGGGAAAACCUCAAGGAGGAGGACUUCCAGGAGAACAAGGACUUUGAGGAAAGUGCAGUGAAGGAGUUACUGUUGAAAGGCGAGAAUCUACAGAAGAGAGUCCUGGAUCAGGAUAAGAGAGAGCAACUCAGGCUAAAGCACAACCAGCUCAACAGCAAGUACAACACUGUCAAGGACCUGCGUGUGCUAAGGAACAGGAAGGCGUUGGCCAUUGCUCCCCAGUGGUACCAGUACAGGAGAAAGUCACAUGACCUCCUAGCCUGGCUGGAUGACAUCCAACGCAGCGUGGACCAACUUCCUGACCCCCCUGAAGGAGAGAGGGUCAAGGAAAUUGACUCAGAGUUCGACAAGAAGAAGGAGGAGCUUAACGAGGUGCAGGGCUUAGCCAAUCAGCUCUCAGAAGCUGGAGCCGCCAAUCUAGUGGAGCCCCGCCAACUCCAACUCAACACGCGCUGGGUUGAGGUGGAGGGCAAGUUCAUACCCUUCAAAAGACUAUGUGGGUACCUAACAGAGCUGCAGGCAUUGCUGCGUUCAGUGUCAGAGACGGACUUCAAGCUGAACUCCCCUGAAUACUGGCCUGCAGCUUAUUAUAACCUGCCUCAACAAGAGCAUUGCCUGAAGGAGGUGAAAGGGAGCAUCGACGAGUUGAGAUGCCCUGUGGCUGGAGCAGUGGCCCGCAGAGAAGAGAUGGUGUCUGGAGCUCGGCCUCUGGAGGGUCACAAGAUCCAGGAGACCACCACCCUCCUCAAUACUAACUGGGACAAACUGAAUAAGCUCUACCAAGACAGACUGAAGCGUUGGCAGGAUUGCAAUUCGAAGUGGCAGAAGUUUGUUUCGGAUCAGAAGGCGAUGGAGAAGUGGCUGAAUGACGCUGAGAACCAUUUGAGACUGGCUGAAAGUGAGCCAGCAGGACAGAGACAGCACCUCAGGGACCUGACGGAGGCCAUACCUCUUCAGGAAGUGGUUUUGUGUAGAGUGAACUCCGUAGGAGAGGACAUCAGUCAGUUGAGCACACCAGACGAUGCAUCGCGGCUCCGAACACAGCUCAAAUUACUCAACACUCGCUGGGCUAACGUCUGCAAGCAGCUCAACGAGCACAAGAGGAGGUCUGCAGAGGCACGCACGGCGACUGCAGAGCUGCAGGAGAACAUGGGCUCCAUGCUGGGCUGGUUGGACAAAGCAGAGUGCAUCCUUGACAUCCCUUUGCAGCCUGCAGAGCCACAGCACAUCAGAGACACUCUGGGCAAAGUCCAGACGCGUGUGGGGGAGCUUCCUGCCAAGAAGAUGGCGAUGGAGGACCUGAACUCCAGACACAAACAGAUAACGCUUCCUGCUGACAGACAGAAAGACAUCAGGGUCAUCAACACUCGCUGGGCUCAGGUGUCCAAGGCUCUGCCUGAGCGUCAGCUGGAGAUUGAGGGUCUACUGCGGGAGCUGGAGAAGUUCCAGGGUCAGCUGGACGCUCUCUCGGCCUGGGCGUCCAGUACCAGGACCACGCUAGAGCAUGGCCCUGAGGAGCCACCACCAAGGCUCAUUGAGGAAGUGCAAGUCAAACAGCCAGAAGUGGAGUUUGCAUUGGAGCGAGCUGAUCAACUGUACAGUCGUCCUAGUCAACCUGACAAGGUGAAGCAUGUCAAGCUAAGGGAAGACUGGACUGUGAUCCUGGAGCUGAUGCGGCAGCAUAAGGAGAGGAUGGCUGCUCUGCUAGUAGCCAAAAAAGCCAAUGAAAGUUUGACAGGAAGUUCCCAGCCUGAAUCUGCGGUACUGGCUCAGUUCAACAAGUCCUGGGCUGAGCUCACCGAUUGGCUGACCAUGUUGGAUAACAUGGUGCAGAACAAGCGUGUGGUGGUGGCUGACCUGGAUGACAUCAAUGACAACACUGGCAUUCUCAAGGUAUCUCUGCAGGAGCUGGACCAGCGUCGCCCACUCCUGGAGAGACAAGUGACAGCAGCCCAGAACCUGAAGAACAAAACCAGCAACCAGGAGACCCGUAAUGCUAUCACUGAACGCAUUGACAGGCUUCAGACUCACUGGGAAGACUCUCAGACCAAACUCUCUGAUAGGACAAAGCAGCUCCACAAUAUGCUGCAGGACUCUACUGAUUGGCUGGAUGCCAGGAAGGGAGUGGAUCACCUCAUCAAAAGGGCCAGUGAGAGGUUGGAGUCCUGGCAGGAAAUCACAUACACGGUGGAAGCAUUGAAGAAACAAAACGCCGAACUGAAGCUGUUUGUGAAGGAGCUGGAGCAGUGGCAGGGUCAGGUCGAUGAAACCAACGCACUGGCUGACAAACUCCUAACGCUGUAUGCCAAUGACGACACACACAAGGUCACCCAGGUCAACGACAACAUGGUGGCAACCUGGACACACAUCAGCAGGCGUGUUUUGGACAGAGAGGCAGCUCUGGAGGCAGCUCUGAAGCUACUGCAGCAGUUCUACCUCAACCUGGAGAAGUUCCUCAACUGGCUGACGGAGGCUGAGACAACCUGCAAUGUUUUAAUAGAUGCCACCAACAAGGAUAAAAUGCAGGAGCAGCCGGAGGCAGCCAAGAACCUGUUGGCACAGUGGAAGGACCUCCAGGCAGAGAUUGACGGCCACACAGAGCUGUAUCACUCUCUAGAUGACAAUGGGCAGAGAAUUGUGACCUCACUGGGGGACUCAGAGGACGGUUCCCUGCUCCAGAGACGCUUGGACAACAUGAACUACCGCUGGAACGACCUGCGCAACAAGACCCUUAGCAUGAGGGCCCACCUGGACUCCGAGAUGGCCUCGUGGAAGAGGCUCCAUAUGUCGCUGCAGGAACUGUUGAACUGGCUGAGACUCAAAAGUCAACAGCUCGAAAAGGAGCCCCCUGUUAGGGGGGACGUCCCCGCCGUGCAGACACAACUGGACACACACCGAUGCUUCAAAAGGGACUUGAGAGCUAAAGAGCCAGUUGUGACAAAGGCUCUGGACGAUGUGGGGGUUUUUCUAUCUGUGCUGCCCCGAGACACACCGUCACCUGAGCAGAGAGAUAUCAGCCCAGAGGAGCGUGCCCAGAACGUUGGGCGAGUCUUACGCAAAGAAGCAGAUGACGUGGUGAACAAGUGGGAUAGGCUCAAUGCCGACUCGGACGACUGGCAGAGGAGUUUGGAACUGGCUCUGGAUCGGCUUAUGGAGCUUCAGGAGGCGGAGGACCUUGUGGACGGACAGCUGAGGCAGGCCGAGAUGGUAAAGGAGGCGUGGGAACCCGUUGGUGACCUGCUGAUCAACUCCCUGCCAGAGCAUAUCGACAGAGUCAAGGAGUUCCAGGAAGAGAUUGCUCCGAUUAAGGAUGACGUAGUACACAUGAACCAGUUGGCGUCCACUUUUGGUCCACCCGACAUCCAGCUGUCGCCUUGCAACCUGGAACGCAUUGAAGAUCUCAACACGCGCUGGAGGCUGCUCCAGGUUACCGUGGAUACAGGAAAAGGCAACUUAGGCAGAAAUGGAUUGGGUGAGGUGGAUUUAAAGAUCUCUAUCAAUGAACAUCUAAAGCAGCUGACGGACGCUCAAAGGGACUUUGGCCUUCUGCAUGCAGGAUCUGUAGAGAGUCCCUUUGAGCAGGGCAUCUCCCCAAACAAUGUACCCUACUACAUAAAUGAGAAAGAUGGACCUGACCAGAUGACCAAGACCCUCCACCAAACCCAGACAACAUGCUGGGACCAUCCCAAGAUGGCCGAGCUCUACCAGUCUCUGGCCGACCUGAACAAUGUGCGAUUCUCGGCCUACCGAACAGCCAUGAAGCUCAGGCGUCUGCAGAAAGCUCUCUGCUUGGACUUGCUGAGCAUGCCAAUGGCUUGUGAGGUGUUCGACCAGCAUGGUCUGAAGCAGAACGAGCAGCUGUUGGACAUCUCCCAGCUGGUCACCUGUCUGACCAGCCUGUACCAGCAGCUGGAGCAGAGUCACUCUCACCUGGUCAAUGUCCCGCUGUGCGUGGACAUGUGCCUUAACUGGCUGCUCAACGUCUACGACACUGGUCGAACCGGAAAGAUCCGGACUCUGUCAUUCAAAACUGGAAUCAUCUCACUCUGCAAGGCUCACCUGGAGGAUAAAUACAGAUACCUGUUCAGACAGGUUGCCAGCGCAACAGGUUUCUGUGACCAGCGCCGCCUGGGCCUCCUCCUCCACGACUCCAUCCAGAUCCCCCGGCAGCUGGGCGAGGUUGCCUCUUUCGGGGGCUCUAACAUUGAGCCUUCCGUCCGCAGCUGCUUCCAGUUUGCCAAUAACAAACCUGAACUGGAAGCCGCCAUGUUCCUGGACUGGAUGCGUCUGGAGCCUCAGUCCAUGGUGUGGUUACCCGUCCUGCACCGUGUGGCCGCUGCCGAGACUGCCAAGCACCAGGCCAAGUGUAACAUCUGCAAGGAGUGUCCUAUCAUAGGAUUCAGAUAUCGGAGUCUGAAACAUUUCAACUAUGACAUUUGCCAAAGCUGCUUCUUCUCCGGUCGCGUUGCCAAGGGACAUAAGAUGCAGUACCCCAUGGUUGAGUACUGCACUCCGACUACAUCAGGGGAAGAUGUCAGGGACUUUGCCAAGGUACUGAAGAACAAGUUCAGGACUAAACGCUACUUUGCCAAACAUCCACGCAUGGGCUACCUGCCUGUCCAAACCAUCCUGGAGGGAGACAACCUGGAAACUCCUGUCACUCUGAUCAACUUCUGGCCCAUAGACCAUGCGCCUGGAUCGUCCCCUCAGCUCUCACAUGACGACACACACACACGGAUCGAGCACUACGCCAACCGGUUAGCAGAAAUGGAGAAUCGUAAUGGCUCUUAUCUGAAUGACAGUAUCUCACCCAAUGAGAGCAUCGAUGACGAGCACAUGUUGAUCCAGCACUACUGCCAGUCUCUCAACCAAGGCUCUCCUCUCAGCCAACCCCGCAGCCCUGCCCAGAUCCUCAUCUCCAUGGAGACGGAGGAGAAGGGAGAGCUGGAGAGGGUGCUCAAUGACCUGGAGCAGGAGAACAGGAAGCUACAAUCCGAGUAUGACCGUCUGAAGAAGGCCCACGACAGGAAGGGCCUGUCCCCGCUCCCAUCGCCCCCGGAGAUGCUCCCCGUGUCGCCACAGAGCGCACGCGAUGCAGAACUCAUCGCCGAGGCCAAACUGCUGCGGCAGCAUAAAGGACGUCUGGAGGCCCGUAUGCAGAUACUAGAGGACCACAACAAACAGCUGGAGUCCCAACUGCACAGGCUGAGACAGCUGCUGGAACAGACGGAUUCCAAGGUGAACGGCACAGCACUGUCCUCUCCUUCCACCUCCUCUCAGCGCUCUGACUCCUCCCUCCCUCUCCUCCGUGUGGCUGCCAGCCAGACUACUGAUACAAUGGGUGAUGACGAGCUGUCCAGCCCUUCCCUAGAUGCAUCUGGGCUGGAGGAAGUGAUGGAACAGCUCAAUAAUUCUUUUCCUCAUAGCCAGGGUCCCAGUAUUGGCAAUUUGUUCCACAUGGCCGAUGAUCUGGGCCGCGCCAUGGAGACACUAGUCAACGUGAUGACAGACGAGCAGAGCGCCGAACAGCACGAGGCCCUGCCCUUCUGAUCCAGCCCCCCCCCCCCCCCCAACCUCCCUCUCCUCUCCUCUCCUCCUCCUCCCUCCCUACCUAUCGCAUGCUUUUCUAGUCAAAACAACUGGAUUGGAAAUACAGUUUACAGAGAGAAUAUAUAACGUCUAUUUUUGUGAACGAUUGUGGUUUCAGCAAAGAUGCAUAAAAAACAAAAGAAAAACAUACCUUGUAGAUUUCAGUAGUUUCUUAAAAUGUCCUGAAGUCGUUUUAUUAUUAACAGAGGCUGGUUUUUAAAAUUCUAUGCAAUUGUAUAAAACAAGAGUGUGGUGGGGGGAGGGCAAAGAGAGAUGAUAUACCAGUAAGUGUGUUAAGUGUGGUCUAAUAUUUGACAUCUCUUUGUAACUGGGGAAAUAGCAGAAGCAUUUCAGACAUUUGUAUAAAAAUGAAUGUUUGUAAUCAUAAGGGUGCUUUCUAAGAGGAAAACGUCUUUCUAUAACAGCGUACACUACUGUCAAGGUAAUGCAGGCAUCCUGGAUCUUUACAGUACGUUGUGUGUGUGACUGUGUGUGAGCUUGUGUAUGCGUGUUUGGGUGGUGGUGCCUAAUUUCCACAUUACAGCUUUUUUUUUUGGCUUUGGCUGGCAAACCUCAUAUUUGUAGAAUUAAUUUAUCCACUCAUCCGUCCAUAUAUCCAUCCAUCAAUCUGUUAAUCAUCUUUAUGAUUUACAUCUCCAUGGCAACAGUUUUUAUCCCUUAAUUGUUUUCAACACAGUGUACUGUGUGCAUAAACAGAUGUUCUAAUAGGCUUGAUUCAGAACUGAGACAUGUCAACAAGGUCAAUAAAAACCUAAUGCACAUAAUGGGAAAUAAUUAGACAUAAUUGGGAAGCAUUUGGAUUCCAUUUUACAAUCGUCAAACUACAUAAUUUGUGGGUGUUCCAUCUUGUGAAGGGCUCCUUGCAUGGGUGUAAUAUGGCCUCAAAAAUAUAAAAUGCAAGUCUCCUUCAA